AUGCCCUGUGCACCGAUCAACUACAUGCUGACGGUGCUGCCGAUAACGCGCGGGGUGCUGGCGCAGCGUGGAGGGCAAGCAAGCAGCAAGCAGCCAGAGCGAAGCCAGAGAGCAAAAGGCGUGCGAAGCCACAAGGAAAACAUGAAGCUCGCAUUGUGCCUGCUGCUGGGGGUUGUGUUCUAUGUGGACGCAGCGCCCACGGACCCCAGCGAAGAUGAGGUUCAAGCCCAGGAGAACUUUGACGUGACCAAGUUCCUGGGGAAAUGGUACGUGGUGUCCAUAGCCGGCAACUGCCAGUACCUGCCCGGGCACGUGCAGAAGCACCGGGGUGGCUCCUUUGAGAUCGUGGCCGGGGAGGAGGAGGAUAAGUUCACCGUCACCUCCACCAAGGCCAGAGAAGGGGAGUGCCACCAGAGGAGGUCCACGUUGAACAUGGUCGCCAACGGGAGGUUUUUCACAAUUAUGGCAUGGAAGAAGCCAACCCAUAUGAACAUGAUCGUGGUGCGCACAAACUACAAUGAGUACGCCGUGAUGUAUGCCUACAAGGAGUCUGACAAAUCUGUCAAGGUCCUGCGCUUGAUGUCCAGGACCCAGGAAAUCAGAGACGACCUCAUGGAUGAAUUCCGAAGCCUCUGCCUGGAGCUUGGCCUGACCGAUGAACAGAUCUUCAUGCUCACUAAUGAUGAGGAAUGCGUUGCCGGUGAAGAUGGACUGGGCCUCGUACCACAGCGGCGAGUGCCCCGUGCCAUUAUGGAAGCGGAGGAAGAAGGCUCUGGAUUUCAACCUGAAAACAAAGAGCUCUGCCUACUGCCCUCCGAUUCCGGCCCGUGCUUUGGAAUGUUCAACAAGUUCUACUACAACAAAACGUCCAUGAACUGCGAGUCCUUCGUCUAUGGAGGCUGUCUGGGGAACAAGAACAGGUUCACGACGGAGAACGAGUGCUUCAGCACCUGCCGCACCGAAGCUGCGUGCAGGCUGCCCGUGGACGUGGGGCGCUGCAAGGCCAGGAAGCCUUCAUGGGCCUUUGACUCCGCCAAGGGCGCCUGCUUCGCCUUCAACUACGGCGGGUGCAAGGGCAAUGCCAACCGCUUCGGGUCUCGGGAGGAGUGCGAGAAGCACUGCGGCGUAUCGCAGUGACUUUGCCAAUGACGGUGGUGGUUGGUUGGUGGUGAUGAUGAAGGAGCAGCCCAAUAAAGUAAUUCCAAAAUAAUUCGGCUGGAAGGAGCUUUUGUGACCGAUUGCAAGGAGGCAGGCAACUGGAGGAGCCACAAAGCCAAGCACGGGACAUAUUUACAUUGUUUGUGUGUUCCUCUCAGGGCCACCAACAUUGCUAUCAUCAUCAGUAUUGUGGCAUGAGAAAAAGUGUUAAUUUGGAACUCUUCCAGAGCAGUGUGUUUAAAGUGUGGCACGCAUCUCUUCAACAGUUGAUAUAAGAGAGACCGUUACUUGGAAUUUGAGUUCUGCAGAUGCUUAGCUCUAGUCUAACAUACCCUUAAAUGCAAUCAAGUCUAGGCUGUUUGAAUGAAAAUAAACUUUGUUUUUAAUCAAAA